CAUAGAGCACUCACUGGUAUUAUAGCCUCUUUCUGUUAUUACUCUUUUCCUUAUUAGCAAUAUCUCUAGUCUUAAAGGUAAAGUAAAGAGUGAAGUAGAACAAGAUGGCCUCCGUUGGGACCUCGUCUGCUCUUUUAAGAGGGAAUGGUAGUUCUAACUUCACGGAUCAGUGGCCAAAGAUGCAACCAAUUGUCGUUAAACUCUUGAAACAGCAAGAAAUUACUAGACAGGAAUGGCAAGACCUUUUCUGGGACGUACAUACAGUCUGUAGUUGGGAUGAAAAGGCUCCGGCUAAGAUACAGAAAGCUUUAGAGGAGGUUAUACUCGAGUUUACUAGAGAAAUACAAACGUCUGUCAGUCAGCAUAAGGAAGAGAGUGCUCUAUUGAAAGCUUACAUAAAGGAAUGGACAAAGUUCUUCACACAAUGUCAGUACCUUCCCCUUCCCUUCCAGUCUAUAGAAGUCGAGAACAGUGCAAAUAAAGCGAAUAAGAAAAGACAAGAAGGAAAUAAAGUUCAAGUGCUAAUGCUCCAGACAUGGAACAGGAGCAUAUUUGCUGACGUCAGGUCUCAGUUAUUGUCAGCUGCCAUGUCUUUCUUGUAUAAGGAGAGGUCAGGAGAAGCUUAUGACGCACAACUAGUUAUUGGAGUCAGGGAGUCUUUCGUCAAUUUAUGCACGGACACGUCAAACAAGUUACAAAUUUAUCUGGAGUACUUUGAAAAGUCUUACCUCGAAGCUACAAAAGAGUUCUACACGUCUAGCUCCUCUCAGUAUCUGAGCGAGAAUGGAGUACAGAAUUAUAUGAGAUAUGCAAGUGAUAAGAUUUCGGAGGAGCAGAGAAGAGCGACUCGUUAUUUAGAAACCUCAAAGGACAGUCAAUCAGUGAAACUAGUAAUGACCGAGUUGGAUAGAAUAUUAAUAAAGACGCACAGUGAUGUCAUACUGGAGGAGUGUCCCAAACUUAUCUCGGCCAAUGAAGUGGAGAAGCUAAUGGUAAUGUAUCGUUUGAUGGACCGUAUAGCCAAUGGGGUGGACCCAAUGUUAAAGUGUUUAGAGUCUCAUAUUGUCAAUACUGGGCUAUCAGACAUGAAGGCUCAUGCUGAAGUCAUUACGACGGACUCAGAGAAAUAUAUUGAGGAGUUGUUGAAAUUAUUUAAAUUGUUUAGCGAGUUAGUCAAAGAUGCUUUUGGUGACGAUUCUAGAUUUUUAACAUCAAGAGAUAUAGCUUAUAAGAAAGUUGUUAACGAUGUCUCUGUAUUUAAAUUGGAGCUUGGCACUAAAGGAAAAGUAUCUGGUGCUUCAAAGACUCAUCCGGAAUCCAAGUGCCCCGAACUGUUAGCUAAUUAUUGUGACUUGCUACUUCGUAAGACUCCUCUCAGUAAGAAACUGACUUCUGAAGAGAUUGAUGAGAAACUACGGAGUGUGCUUCUUGUCCUCAAGUACGUCCAAAAUAAAGACGUCUUCAUGAGAUAUCACAAAACGCAUUUAACGAGACGAUUGAUACUAGAGACAUCAGCUGACAGCGAAAAGGAAGAGAACAUGGUUGAAUGGCUGAGGGAUGUUGGGAUGCCGGCAGAGUAUGUUAAUAAACUCGCUCGUAUGUUUCAAGACAUUAAAGUCAGCGAUGAUCUCAACACCGAGUUCAAGGACAAGAACAAAGGCUCCGAUACUGCCGACCUUGUUAAUAUUAAGGUUUUAAAUGCUGGUGCAUGGUCGAGGAGCUCAGAGAGAGUACCAGUUUCAUUACCCACCGAAUUGGAGGACUUCAUCCCCGAAGUCGAAGAGUUCUAUCGUAAGAAACACAAUGGGAGAAAGCUAACGUGGCAUCAUAUCAUGUCUAAUGGAUCGAUCACGUUUCAGAAUCAAGUUGGCAAGUACGAGCUGGAGGUCACGACAUUCCAAAUGGCUGUACUCUUUGCCUGGAACCAAAGACCAGAAGAUAAGAUAUCUUUUGAAAGCCUCAGAUUAGCUACAGAAUUACCUGAUCCUGAGCUAAGGAGGACUUUAUGGUCUUUGGUUGCAUUUCCUAAGAUGAAGCGUCAGGUGUUACUGGCAGAACCUGAAGUAGCUUCUUUUAAAGAAUUUUGCGAUUUGACAAUGUUUUAUGUCAAUCAAGAAUUCGGACUAGUUAAGCAAGGAAAGCUUCAAAAGCGUGGCAAGAUUAAUCUGAUCGGUCGACUCCAGUUGACAACAGAGAAAACCAAAGAGGAAGACAAUGAAGGGAUAGUUCAACUAAGGAUACUGAGAACACAGGAAGCUAUAGUUAAAAUAAUGAAAAUGAGAAAGAGGCUAACAAACGCGGCCCUACAAACCGAACUGGUUGAGAUUCUAAAGAACAUGUUCAUACCUCCCAAGAAGAUGAUAAAGGAACAGAUCGAGUGGCUCAUUGAGAAUAAGUACAUGAAGAGAGACGAAGACAAUCUCAGCACUUUUAUUUAUUUGGCGUAGCCGCACGCUCCUAGCCCACACCACGUAUAAUUAUUAGCACCUAGAGGAGGUUUGGUUUCAAUUUUGUGUGACUCUUUUUUUCUUCAAAAGAGUUUUGUUGUUGCGUUUUUUUGUUGGAGAGAGAAUUAGGCACGAAUCCUAUAGUAAUUUAUUAUUUUAAAAGAUAUGUUAUCAUGUUGAAACUAAGAAGUAUUUUUAUGCUUAUUAUUGUGCACCAUGUGCCAAUAAUAAUAAUGGCAUUUAUUACACAGAUAUCACGUAAUUGUAGCAAACUGAGGAAUGAUGAAGUUUAUAAAGA